AUGUGUCUUCAGACCCCCAAGGCGGACAUGUGCUCGAAGCUCGGCAUGGAUCUGAAGCGGACGAUGCUGCUGCGCCUUGCGCGGAAGGACCCCAAGCUGCACCCGGACGACCCAGCCAGGAGGGAGGCCAUUUACCACAAGUACCGGGAAUUUGUGAUUCCAGAAGAGGAAGCUGAAUGGGUUGGCCUGAGUUUAGAAGAAGCAAUAGAAAAACAGCGGCUUCUAGAAAAAAAGGACCCUGUCCCACUCUUUAAAGUAUAUGCUGAAGAGCUCGUCAACAAACUGAAAGAAGAGGCACUUCAGAAGAAAUAGAAGAAAAGAAAUCUUUGAAGCAACUCUCUGCUGCAGAUCAAGCUGUGGGGUUCAGUGAGUCUUCUGUCAGCGCCAUGCAAGCGUGGAAGGGGCCACAUUUGAUGAUGUGCUCCCAGGAGCAUGUUGCGCUUAUCAAAGUCCAACAUUAGCAGCUUAAAUUCAACAAGGAACUGUUCCUGGUGGUUGAGACAGGAUUUCUGCCCUGUGGCUUCUGAGGGUGUUUACAGAGGACUGACUUAAUGCAGUUCUUUCUGCCUGUGCAAAUAGUUGACUGCUGUUUAGAGCUUGAUCCUGAUAUAAAAUGAAAUAUGCAUA